AUGGCUGAGCCAACAAACCGGACCUACCCCGUCGACGACGAGAAGCGGGACCUCGCUAGCAGCGAUGUCAUGGAAGACGCGCCUCCCGCUGUAGUGGCAGCCGUCGCUGCGCACGAGAUCGCGCACGAGGUAGAAGAUGGCAAAUACUCACCUUGGACGAAAUCCAUGUUCAACCUUUAUGGUGUGCUGUUCGUGGCGUACUGCUGCGGUGCCCUCAACGGAUAUAGCAAUACCGACCUGGAUCAGCUGACAGAAAGCAACAGGAUGGAUCACUCAUGGGAUCGCUCAAUGGAAUGA